AAGACUAGAGGGGAGAGAGGUAACUGAACAACUAAAGAUCCUCUCGAGCUUUGCGAUCUUACGUUACCAAAGCAAGACUCUCGCUUCUUCUCUUAAUUACAAUUCUGCCACUUCUUCUUCUUCUCCAUAAAGCCUCUUCCUUUUUGUCUCUCUCUUUCACUACAAAGCUCGUUCUUCUUCUCUGGUUCCAGAUCACUGUCUGAAUUCAGACAAUUUCUGGUGGGUUAAUCGGGAGAAUGUCGGAGAACGAGGCUGUCCCCGACGAGUUUCGCUGCAGCCGGUCCGACGGGAAGCAAUGGCGGUGCAAGAGAAGGGCUUUGGAAGGGAAGAAGAUGUGCGAGACUCACACCUCGCAGCUUACUCUGAAGCGGAGCAAGCAGAAGGCUGCCGAGCCGACGAGAUCAAGAAGAGGAGACGAAGCGUCGGAGAUCGAGCGAGAGGGGCUGGGGAGAUCGAAGAAGAAGAGGGAGAGAGCGGAGGCUGUUGAUGAAGCGGUGAGGAAGAUGAAGUUGAAGAGAGGGGAUUUGCAGUUGGAUUUGAUAAGGAUGGCGUUGAAGAGAGAAUCUGAGAAGAAGAAGAAGAAGAAGAAGAAGAGGAAGGAGAUUAGUGUUAAUAAAAGGUUUGGUGAUUUCGUUGGGGAAGAGUUAACGAAGGUUCUUCCUUAUGGCACUAUGGCUAUCUCUCCACCUUCUCCGACUACAAGCAAUGUGUCUUCUCCUUCUCCUUGUGAUGUUAGAGUAGGUGAAGAACCUGUUUCCUUGACUAAGAGAAGGUUCAGGUCUAAGAAUAUUGAGCCUUUGCCUUUUGGGAAGAUGCAGGUGGUUCCUUUGAAGGGAAAUUUGGUUAAGGCCAAGAAGAGGUGCCAUUGGUGUGGAACCAGAGGAUUUGAGGAUUUGGUUAGCUGUCUGAGUUGUGAAAGAGAGUUCUUUUGCGUUGAUUGUAUCGAGAAAAGAAGCAGUCAUCUUAUUGAGUUUGGGCUUUGGAAUGAACUAGGAACAAGGGAUCAAAAGAAGAAGUUGGGAAAAAAUGCCCUGUAUGCUGUGGAACAUGUAGGUGCAAGGCUUGCUCUGCCACUAUCUCUGGAGUCACUGAAUGAUUCUCGGAAAGUAAGGAGUGAUAUUGACAGGGUUUUGCAUCUUCAUUAUGCUGUCUGCAUGCUUCUUCCUGUAUUAAAACAAAUCAACGCUGAAGACAAAGUAGAGGUGAAUCUAACUGAACCGCAGAUCCAUAGCUCUGACUUAACCUCUGAUGAUCAACAGCUCUAUUGCAGUAGUCAUGACUGUGCCGUUGUGAAUUCGCAAAAGAUGUGCACACGCAGCUCCUCUGUUCUCAGGCUGAGUUCUGAUCAAGACUGUAAUCAAAGGAGCUUAUCUAAAAAGGUUGGAUUAGUCAAGUGCUCUAACGGUGUAGAAUCUUGCAAGCAAUCUCUAAAGAAAGCUCUGGUAGAUUGGAAGCGUGGAGAGGUGAAAAGGUGCAGCAAUAACCUUUCUUUGAGAACUCUAUUCUCUCUGGAGUUGACAAGCAAGUUAGAGAUCAGUGCCGAAGAAAUAGUCAGUUGCUAUGAGUUGCCUGAAACUUUAGAUAAACACUUGGCAUGUCCGUUUUGUCUUGGAAAGGAAAAGCCAUCUACUAGUUGUGACAGCCGUUUGAAAGAAGCAUCCAGGAGAAGAGAAGACACAACUAAUAACUUCUUAUACUACCCCACAGUGAUGGAUCUUCAACAAAAUAAUCUCGAACACUUUCAGACGCACUGGAGCAAAGGGCAUCCUGUUAUAGUUCGUAGAUUGUUAAAGAGAAGUUCAAGCCUGAACUGGGAUCCAAUAGCCUUGUUUUGUAGCUAUCUUAAGAAGAGCAAUAGCAAAACAAGUAAUACAACCGAUGGCAUGGAUUGGUUUGAGGUGCACAUUGGGGUAAAACAAGUUUUUUUGGGGUCUUUGAGAGGAGAAGCUGAGACUAAUACUUGUCAAGAGAGGCUGAAGCUGGAGGGAUGGCUUUCGUCUUCUUUGUUUAAAGAAGAGUUCCCAAAUCAUUACGCUGAAAUACUGAGCAGUUUACCAAUUCCUUAUUACAUGGAUCCGAAGAGUGGUUUAUUAAAUAUUGCUGCUGGCCUACCUGAUGUUAUCCAAGCACCCAACCUAGGUCCAUGCCUCAAUAUUUCUUACAGGAGUGGUGAUGAAUAUGCAAAGAUUGAUUCUUUGAAGAAGUUGGGUUUUGAAACUUGUGACAUGGUUGAUAUCUUGUUGCAUGUCACUGAAACAGUAGUGUCAACAAAACAGAUUUGCAGAAUAAGAAAGCUAAUGCAAAAUAUUGGGAAAGUAAGAUCUAAAAACCCAGAAAGGAAGGAGGAGAGCAGAUUUUGUAGGGGAAAGAAACAAGAUAGGAUUGACACUUCAUAUGCUCAGAGGGAUUGGUCGGAUGACUCUUCCAGUUCUGAUUCAGAAUCUUCACAACACCGUCUAGGAAGUAGUGAGUUUAAGGUAGAGGAAAGAGAAAGUUGCAAUGACUCCUGCGAAGAAGGAAGCCUAAGCAGCUCUUGCGGUGCCCAAUGGGAUGUAUUCCGGAUACAAGAUGUUUCUAAACUUCUUGAGUAUAUUAAGAACCACUGUCUUGAGCUAGUACCCAUGGAUUCCAGCAAAGAACAAGUGAGUCAUCCAUUACUUGAGCAGAGUUACUAUCUUGAUGAGUAUCACAAAGCAAGGCUUAAGGAAGAGUUUGACGUUGAACCGUGGAGUUUUAAUCAAUGUGUUGGGGAAGCAGUCAUCGUCCCUGCUGGAUGUCCAUACCAAAAUAGAAAGAAUAAGUCUUGCGUAAACGUGGUCUUGAAUUUUCUCUCACCUGAGCACGUUGCUGAAUCUAUCAAACUAGUGGACGAGCUUAAUCAACUUCCUCGGAGCGUCAAAAAGAAAGCAAACAAGAUUGAGGUGAAGAAAAUGGCAAUCUGUAAAAUCAGCGAAGCUAUAAAUGAGAUCCGGGAGCUCACGUCUUCAGAUUCUACGGCUGCAUCGAGAUUGUAACUAGAACUAGAGGUACCAAAUCUUUGAUUCUUGACGAUUGAGAACUACUACACCAUUCUUGGAGGAAAGAUUCUAGCUGUUGAGUUAUAGUUUCAAGGACUAGCAGAAUGUAAAGAUUUAUAUUGAAAUAAACAAACAAGCACAAAAGAGAAGCAAUGGGGGAGUUGAUUUGUCAUUCA